UCGAUGUGGAAGGAUUAAAUCCCAACCAUAACAAAACGCAUCGCAAACCCAGAAAAAAACAUUACAGUCUUACAGAAAAGGGUGAAAAGGAGACGAAACGUAUCCCAAGAUAACACAUGCUGUGUAACCCGAUUGAACAAAACCGAUGACUUGAAUGAGAGCAGCAGCAUAAUAAUGGAGUGUGUGAUCAAUGAAAUUAGUCGCUAUGUUAAUGGAAGUCACAAACAAGCCUGCAGUGACCUUGAGAAGGCCAGUCAAUUAAUCACAAAAGCAUUGCAGUGUGAGGUUCAGAGGAACACAAAGUUAUGCACGUUAAUCCACCGUCUGGAAGAGAAUGGAAGGAGCCAAUCAGAGCAGACAGAGUCCAACCGGCAGCUGAAGCUCCAGGUGGAUGAGCUACAGAAACAACUGAAAGAGAAAGCCGACUCUCUAACACAAGCCACAAAGAGUAUUGUUAUCCUGAAGCUUGAACUGAGACACCUGAAAAAACAGAUGCAGAGCCAUGAGGGUAGUCAAAGGACGAUUCAGGAAGUGGCGGAGUGGCUGCAGGAUGGGGAGAGUAGCCAGCCCAAUGUUGUGAAAGAGGCCAGUGUUCAGCAGAGUCCUGUUGGGGUGAAGAAAGAAGAUACUGAUGGAUAUCAAUGCGGUCAAUCGGGUGAAGCUGACUCCCCAAUGGCCUCCUCAUCUACACACAUCAAAUCUGAACUGCUGCAGGAGGGAGAUGAAAUGUCGGACAUGGCUCCAGUCUCCAGCUCUGAAAGGAGCCAGUCUCCUCUAGAUCCAGUCAAGGCCUUGAGAUUGUCGGUGCAAGUGGUCGACUUCUGUGAAACACAAGACCAGCAAGGACCAGCAAGUGAGGACAACGGAGAUGGAGAACAAUCCAGCUCUGGUCUACGCAUGGAGAAAGUGCACAGGAGAUCAUAUAAUGCUGAGCUGAAGUUGCGGGCGAUCGCUCUGGCCAACCGAGAAGGCAAUCGGGCGUCCGCACGAGAGUUUGGCGUCGCAGAGUCGAUGGUCAGACGUUGGCGACAGCAGCAAGAGCAACUGACCCGCUGCAAAACCACCACUAAGUCUUUCAGGGGAAGGAAAAGCAAGUGGCCCGAACUGGAGGACACGCUGGCGGACUGGGUGAACGCGCAGAGAGCGGCCGGCCGAGCUGUCACCUACUUGCAGAUGCAGAGCAAGGCCCGAACCAUCGCCGCCAAAAUGAAGAUCGAGGACUUCCAAGGCGGCCCGUCGUGGCUCACCAGAUGUAUGAGGCGAAAAGACCUGUACAUCAAGGACAGGAGAACUAUGCGUCGGCAACGCUCUCCCCAUGAUGAUGAAGAUGAUGACGAUGAAGAUGAGGAGGAGGAGGACGACGAUGAGACUAUUCCAUCAGACCAGACAAUAUCAAAGAGAACUCGGAGUCAGCAACGCUCCACCCUUCAUGGUGAUGCCGAUGAGACUAUUCCAUCAGACCAGACUGCAUCAUGAAUUUGGAUGAGGUACCUUUCACAUUUGACCUGCAGGGUUCCCAAGGGUCAUGGGAUUUCUGGAAUAUCAUGAAAUUUCAUAAAAGCUUUUCCAGUCAUGGAAAAUCAUGGAAUAUCACCAUUUUGCAUGCACAGUCAUGGAAUAUCAUGGACAUUUCUUAUCAGUUGUGUAGAAGCAAAAACGUUUUUGUUUGUGUGUAACAUUGUUUCUUACUGGUUUAUACUACAACGCUUCGCCAGAGACUGUUUGGUUUUGCGCUGUACUGUGCAACAGUAUCUAGUUCUAGAAUGUAAUGAGCCCGUUGAAAUUUGGCAGUGGCUCGGAGUCGGCUCUAUGGGUGAAGAUAAUCUGGACAUUACACACUUAACAAAACCUUUUUAACAACAUUUUUUUUUACGGAAGAGUUCAUGGAAAUUCAGUUUUUUGGGUCUGGAAAAUGAUGGAAUUUUAUAUAAGCUUAUGAUUUAGAGUGGGAACCCUCUGCCUCUCCAGCUUUUUAAACCCCUUUUACCUAAGCCCUUUUUUGGGAAAAAGUGCCCCCUCCCUAUUAAAACCUAAAUAUUUCAGCCUCCGAAGCACAUAAAAACAUGAAAUAAGAUGCAUUUAAAAGCUUGAACCUUCAUGUUGCACUAGAUUAUGUUCAUUCCGCUCUAACAUACCCAUAUUUUAAUAAAAAAGCUCAAAUCUCA